AUGUCAACCCGCAACACUAGGAGCAACACCGGCAACAACAACACCGGCAACACCAACCCCAACCCCAACACCAACGCUGGCAACAACAACAAUGGAGUACCCGGACUUGCUGAAUUUUUGCAAGCUCAGACUCAGCUAGUGAACCUGCUCACUCAGAACCUGAACCUGAACAACUGCAACAACCCGCCACCUCCACCACCACCCUCCGACCAUUUGACUAGGUUUUUGAGGCUGCACCCACCUACUUUCUCUAGCUCAGCUGAACCCAUUGAAGCAGAUGAUUGGCUUCGCACCAUCCAAAAGAAGCUACUCACCAUCCAGUGCACUGAUCAGGAGAGAGUGCUAUAUGCAAGCCAUCAGCUUGAAGGAGCCGCAGCAGCUUGGUGGGAUACAUUCAAGUUCAGAUUUGGAGGGGAUGAGAUCACAUGGGAUGAUUUUGUUGAAGGUUUCCGCAAAGCUCACGUUCCAGUAGGGAGUAUGGGAUUGAUGAGGAAGGAGUUCCGUGCAUUGCGUAAAGGAUCCAAGACUGUGCAGGAGUACUUAGAGAGGUUAACUCAGUUAGCUCGCUAUGCCCCUGACGAUGUAGCCGAUGAUGAGGAUAAACAGGAGCUCUUCUUGGAUGGUCUGAAUGAUGAGCUCAGUGUGCAAUUAGUUUCAUCUGAUUUUCACAGUUUUCAGAAUUUGGUUGACAAGGCAAUCCGCUUAGAAGGCAAGCAGAAGCAAGUAGAGAACCGCAAGAGGAAGGCAAGUAACAAGUUUGGUAUGGGAUUUCACAGCAAGCACCGUACCCAUUCACCUCCAAGGCACCGUCACUUUGGUUCUUCAUCAGGACGAUCCCAUGAGGAGAAACGCCACCACCAGCACAAGGAUCAGCGCCAGCUCCACCAUCAUGGGAGUCAGCAUCGUGGAAGCAACCAUGGAGGUAAUGGCAGCAGCAACAACAGUGGACACCGUCAGCACGGCAGUGGAUCAGCCUCAGAGAAGAAGGACUUGAGUCAAGUGGAAUGCUAUCAUUGCCACAAAUUGGGACACUACUCAACACAGUGUCCGGAGAAGCAGCAAGGCAACAAGAACCAAGGAGACAAGAGGCCUAACCCCUUUGUGAAGGCCAAGCUAAACCAUGUUUCUGCAGAAGAGGCUUAUGAAGCACGGGACGUCGUAGUUGGUACGUUCCUUAUCAACUUCAACCCAGAAGUUAUAUUAUUUGAUACUAGAGCAUUGCAUUCUUUCAUUUCAAAAGCAUGGGUGCAAAAGCAUGGGGUAGCCACUAAAGCACUUAGAACACCGUUGUUAGUGACAUCCCCUGGGAAAGAAUUCCGAGCAGACCAUUUUUGUCAUGGAGUGUUGAUAAGGCUUGGCAGCGAGACUUUUCCCUCAGACCUUAUCGUACUAGAGUCCCAAGGUUUAGAUGUAAUCCUAGGGAUGGACUGGCUAUCUGGACACAAAGGACACAUAGAUUGUGCUAACCUAGCAGCUACUGUGACCAGCCCGGAAGGAAAGAGAAUCAGAUUUACAUCCAAAAUCAAGCGAAGAAGAGCCAUGGUUAAUGCACUUAAGGGAAGUAGUCUCGAGGAAGUUCCCAUCGUUAAUGAAUACAUGGAUGUGUUUCCAGAGGAUUUACCAGGAAUGCCACCUGAUAGGGAUAUUGAGUUUUUAAUUGAUCUAGUUCCAGGAACUUCCCCAAUAUCCAAAAGACCCUAUAGGAUGCCCGCAAAUGAAUUAGCAGAACUUAAGAAACAGUUGCAAGAAUUGCAAGCAAAGGGGUACAUCAGACCGAGCUCAUCACCUUGGGGAGCACCGGUACUGUUUGUACAGAAGAAGGACAAGAGUAUGAGGAUGUGUGUUGACUAUCAUUCUCUUAACGAGGUCACCAUCAAAAACAAAUACCCUUUACCCAUGAUCAAUGACUUGUUUGAUCAGUUGGAAGGAGCUAGUGUGUUUUCCAAGAUAGAUCUGCGAUGGGGGCUAUCAUCAGCUGAAGAUUCGAACCCAAGACAUACCCAAAACGGCAUUCUCUACAAGAUAUGGACUAUAUGA